CAAUCAAAAUAUCGAUGUCGAUGAUGAUGAUAUGGCAAUACGUACAUUUUUUCGUGAUUGUUUGUGGUUUGAUUAGCUACCAAAAAUGAAAAAGAAAAAAAAUCCAAACAAAAAAUCGUCCAAGGUGACAUUUUGUACAUGUUUUUGGCAAUAAUAAUUCAAUCGAUUUUUCUUAUUGAUUUUCAAUAUGUCAAUUGAUGGUGAUUCACCUUGAAUUUUUUCUUUUUAUUUAUUGGUCUCAUUCUCAUUGGUCUGUCGAGGACAAGGAAAAAAUUUCGGAAAUUUUUUUAUGCAAAAAAAUAAUUAUCGUACAAAUAUACAUAGCUACCGAAUGAAAAAAAUUUUUUUGUGACAAAAAAUUGUGCAACAAAAACAGAAAACAAAGAAGAAAAAACCGAAAAUUAUCGUUCGAUCAUCACGACGUUGAUAACCGAAACGCCAUCAUCAUCAUCAUCAUCACCAAAAAACACCACGACAACAGACAUAAAACAGAUACACCGAUUGCUUUGUGAACAAUUUCUUUUUUUUCUUACUACUUGUAUUUAGGGGCUGGUGUCUGGUGUCUAAUAUUUUCUUAAUAUUUAUUUGUCAUCGUUCAUAUAUAAAAAAAACAUCACAAUCAUCACCACCAUGACAAUCAUAUUGUUGUCCGAAAGCAAUGAUCAUCAUCAAACACCAUCAUAUGGUACGAUGGAUUUUCAUUCGGAUUCGUCAUUAGCAAGAAAACGUACCAUCAUCAAUGAUGAUGAUGAUUCAUUCGAUAUGCAGAAUAAUAAUAUUCAAAGGAAGAAAAAUGGUGGAUCAUUCAUGAACAACAGCAACAACAACGAUUCACCAUUUUCAUCAUCAUCGAAAAAUGAACAGAUUGCAUUGAAAAAAGAACUUGGUCUAAUGAAUGGUGUUGCAAUUAUUGUUGGCAUUAUUGUUGGCAGUGGAAUAUUUGUUUCACCACGAGGUGUAUUACAAGAAGCCGGUUCCGUUGGUUUCUCUCUGAUUGUUUGGAUUUUAUGUGGUGUACUAUCAACGAUUGGUGCAUUAUGUUAUGCUGAAUUAGGAACAUCCAUUCCUGAAUCUGGUGGUGAUUAUGUCUACAUCCAGAAAGCAUUCGGUCCCCUGCCGUCUUUUUUAUUUCUAUGGGUAUCCAUAUUAAUCAUACAGCCGGCUGGAAACGCCAUUGCGGCCAUGACAUUUGCCAAUUAUAUUUUACAAUCCAUAUAUCCAACAUGUAGUCCACCGGCAAAUGCUGUACGUUUGAUUGCUGCAAUCGUUAUCGUUUUAUUGAUAUUCAUCAAUUGUUUCAAUGUAAAAUGGUCGACUCGUGUACAAGAUUCAUUUACAUUUGCCAAAAUCAUUGCCCUAUUAAUCAUUAUUGGUUGUGGUGUGAUGCAAUUUUUCAACAAAGAUAAUGCCAACCAAAUCGAUCAAACUUUAUCGUAUCCAAAUUCAUUUGAAAAUACAUCCACAUCACCCGGUCAUAUUGCAUUGGCAUUCUAUUCUGGUCUUUUUUCCUAUGCUGGAUGGAACUAUUUGAAUUUUGUUGUGGAAGAAUUACGUGAUCCAUUUCGAAAUUUACCACGUGCUAUUUACAUAUCGGUUCCAUUGGUGACAUUAAUCUAUCUAUUGGCUAAUAUUGCAUAUUUCACUGUUUUGACACCUGAAGAAAUAUUAACAUCAAAUGCAGUUGCCGUUACUUUUGGUGAUCGAAUUCUUGGUUCAUUUGCAUGGAUUAUGCCAUUAUCGGUUGCAUUAUCAACAUUUGGUGGAUUGAAUGGUGGUAUAUUUGCAUCAUCAAGAUUAUUUUUUGUCGGUGCUCGUCGUGGUCAUCUACCAGAUAGUUUAGCAAUGAUUAAUGUUAAAUAUUUUACACCAAUGCCUAGUUUAGUAUUUCUUGGCCUAUUAUCGGUAUUAUAUUUAACCACAACACAGGUUUAUGUUCUUAUUAAUUAUGCAACUUUUGUCGAAUCAUCAUCGAUAUUGGCAUCAAUUGGUGCAUUGCUCUAUCUUCGUUAUCAUGAACCGGAACGCGAACGUCCAAUCAAAGUUCAUCUUGCAUUACCUAUACUAUUUUUCGUUAUCUGUCUAUUUCUUGUAUUAUUACCAUUCUAUGUUAGCCCAAUGGAAGCUGGAAUGGGUAUUAUUAUCACUUUGACCGGAAUUCCUGUUUACAUGUUGACUAUUUAUUGGAAAUCUAAACCACGAACGUAUAAUCGUUUUAUAAAUGGAAUAACCAUUUUUAUUCAAAAACUUUUUUAUUGUGUCUCAGAAGACUAAUGAUGUAUGGAUUCCUGAAGUAGUAGCCUCUUGAAUUUUCAACCGAAUUUGAUCAUGUCAUUAAAUAAAUUAUUUUCUCUUCUUA